UGGAACGUGGAUUUGUCUUUGAUUCAUUUUGAUUAUACGUGUUAUUUUAUUUUGUGAAUAAAUAAAUAUGGCACCGAAGCAAAAGUUCGCUGAAGGUGAGAAAGUACUGUGUUUUCACGGUCCUCUAAUUUACGAGGCAAAAUGUCUAAAAAGCAGCGUUACCAAGGACAAACACGUCCGUUACCUAAUACAUUACGCAGGAUGGAACAAAAAUUGGGAUGAGUGGGUUCCGGAAAGCCGUGUAUUGAAAUAUAACGAGGCUAAUGUGCAGCGGCAGAAGGAAGUGCAGCGGGCGCAUUCAGCCCAGCCCGCAAAGACCAAGAAAACUCCGGCAAAGGGUCGUAAAUCUGAAUCAGCUGCAACGGCAACACCUGGAAAGGAGGAGGCAGCUACACCGGCCGCGGCCACCAAGGGACGCAAGUCGGAGGCGGCGCGCGACGAGUCCCGGGCCUCCACCCCCGCCGGUAAAGAUGCAGAGACGCCGGCGGCGGGCAAGGCCAGCAAGACCUCCAGCAAGGACGCGCCUGCUGACUCAGGCUCCGACCAGCCCAAGAAAAAACGGGGCCGCCUGGACUUAUCCAUUGAAUCUGAAGAGCAAUACUUAGCUAAAGUAGAAGUUAAGAUCAAAAUCCCCGAAGAACUGAAAGUCUGGCUAGUCGACGACUGGGACGUCAUCACGAGACAGCAGAAACUGGCCAUCCUCCCGGCCAAACUCACCGUUGAACAAAUUGUCGACAACUAUCUAGCGUUCAAGAAAUCCAGCAAAACGCAUAACCAAGCGAAGGAAUCCGUCUUAGUAGAUAUUACUGAAGGUAUCAAAGAAUAUUUCAACGCUACUUUAGGAUCUCAACUCUUAUAUAAGUUCGAAAGGCCUCAAUACAGUGAGAUAUUGCAAGAAUACCCCGAUACACCAAUGGCACAAAUAUAUGGUGCUAUACAUUUGCUCCGGCUGUUUUCCAAGAUGGGUCCAAUGUUAGCAUAUACAGCGCUUGAUGAAAAGUCGCUUCAACACGUGUUAACUCAUAUACAGGACUUUUUGAAGUAUAUGGUGACGAAUAGAUCGACUUUGUUCAAUCUCCAAGACUAUGGAAACGCUACGCCGGAGUACCACAGGAAGGUACAAUAGUAUUUACAUUGUAAGCCGCCUGGAUGUUUGUAUAGAACAAAAAGUGUGCAGCAGAGUCGAAUAAUUGAAAACAACUGCUAUUACACUAAUAGGGACCGUGCGCGUUGGAGGAUCUGCCAUCUUGUGGCCUGAAUCGGAAACAUAUGUGCACAUGUGUAUUGCCAAAGCAAGUGCUACCAUCUACCGUUCUCGUCGGUACUUUUCCUUUGCAUAGUAGGUUCUGCCAUCCUGUGGGCUACAUCGGAAGCAUAAACGACACAUUUACGCCUCGCGCCAAAAAUCUGACGGCUUCUAUGCUGCCCCCUAUAGUUCAUGCACGGGCACUAUAAGUUGUAGUUCUUUGAAACAGAUAGAUUAAUCUUUCAUAUUUAUGUGGUGGCCGAAAAUCGUGGAUUCAAACCUCAGUUGUGCUGUACAGAGCAGAAAAAAUCGUUAUCGAAAAAAAAAUGCAAAAGGAUCGCUAAAAAUCGGUCAGGAUUUUUAUCAUACUCAGACAAGAGGAUAAACUGGCGCCAAAUAACAAAACUUCCGUGAGACACAGACAUAUUAAAUAUAUUAAGAACGGGUCACUCACGUAUUUUAAGUCGAAAAACGCUCGACAUGUUUCACUCCGUACCGAGGAGUGUCAUCAGGAGCUUGCGUUGCGUUGCGUAGGUGGUUGCGUUCUUAAUAUAUUUAAUAUGGCGCCAAAUACUUUUGAAGUUAACUGUAGCAUUUAUAUUUAUUUACAGUCCUAGUAGUAGUGUACUAGGUACAGAAGAUUCACUCUCUAACAAAACGUGUCUGUUACGAUCAGGACAGAUAUGGCCGCUAGGUGGCGACAGCGCCACGCGCGGCUUAUGGCUAGCCACCAAAAUUGGUGUGGGACGGAUGUACUUGUAUUUACUGUAUUUGCCACAAAGGUGCCAUCUACGCAGAGCUUUGCCUAAUAUUCCCUAUUCGGACGCUUUGGCAAGAGAGGCGUGUUUAGAUAUUUGUAACCACCUUAGCCGCUCCAAUAUAAUAUAUUUGAAGGUAAUAUAUGUACUUUUAAAUGGUUUUAGCAUCAUUUGGGUUUUACAUGCCGUCAUCUUGCUUUAUUUAACGCCAUCUAGUGAAUCUUCACAGCUUUUUGUCCUUUGGUGCAAAUUGAGUGCACUAGGUGGCAUUACAAUGCAUCUCGAUCGGAUCGAAUCAUUGAAAGUGAAAUACUUAUCGCUAAACCCACGGAUUAUAUUCAAUUUGUUUGGAUAUUAGCAGUCGUUUUUACAAAAUAUAUACCGGGUGUGGCCUGUAACACGAGCAAAUAAUUAAAACAUAGAUUGUACUCCUCAAACGAUGACACUUUUGUUCAAAAACUUUUAAAAAUUAUGAAGUUAUUAGACUUCCUAUUUUUCAUACAAAAUAAAUAUUAUCUUCAAUGGACGCCAUCGCCACGCCAUAUCAUUGUGGUUGACGUUGCUUGUCACGCCUUAAACAUAACAAAAUUCGCAAUACAUUGCGUCUCAGAAUAAACUUUAAAGUGUAUUAAAAAUCAAACCACAAGUUAUUUUUAAAAGUCGCUGAACAAAUGUUGGUCAGUAUGAGGAGUACAGCCUACAGUUUAAUUUUUUGCUCAUGUUACAGGCCACACCUGGUAUACCUACUCACCUCUGUUAUAAUUGUUAAAAAAACAUGAUUAUAUUUUAAAAUUUUAAUUUAUUGCAGAAAUGAAUUUUGACCAUACUUUUUUUACUACAAAGGCAGAGAAAAGCAAUGUUAUGAAAUUUUGUGUCGUUCUCAACAAAAAGGUACUUUCUUUGUUGGUUCUUAAUAGGCAACUAAACUGGUCAACUGAUGAAUUAAUUAACUUUAAAACGGACAAACUAAUGCUUUUUAGAUGACAACGUCACAUUCGGGGUUCUCCUGUGGUUAACAUAAGUACUUUAUUUUGGUACGGAACCAUAAAAACAAGCAAAACCGGGCUGGUUCGCUAGUUUAGCUUAAUUGACUGAAUAUUUGAAGUGAAAGUAAUCAAUGUUAAUAUUGUUGAAAAUAAUUCCUGUAAUGUAAAUUAGGAUUAGGACAUUGAUAUUAUUUUAAAUAGGAUAACGAGAAAAUUGGAUACAUUUAAGGUCAAAAAUAUCAAUCGGGACAGUGUCAAAAUUAUGUGAACACUAACUUUAUUCUCAAUAUUUUAUAUGUAUUUUUGACCUUUAUUGUACGUCACAGUCGCCAUCAGAUAUAUCGCAGCGGCCAAGGUGUUCACAAUAUCUGAACACGCACUCUAACGCCCUGACAAUAGAGGCGUGUUCAGAUAUUUAUGAGCACCUUGGCCGCUCCGAUAUAUCUGAUGGCGACUGUACCUACCUACCUACCUAAGUAGAUAAGUGUUGUGUAAGUCUAAAAUGUAUUUACUAAAAUACAAUAUUUGUGAGAUGUAGUGUAAGCAAAGAGUUAUAGGUUAUAAAAGAGUUUUAAAGUCUAAGAAAAAUUCGUGCUUCGUAUUUGACAGCUGAUGCAAGAUGGCGCUGUACACCUCGUACAUUAUGCGGUAACCCUGCUUGUCAAAAAUUGACAUUUGACAGUUUAGUUUCCACGAAACAUGGCGCCAUAAAAGCGCUAUUUAUAGUCUGACAAAAAAGUAGAGAUGCACCGGAUAUUCGUUUACUAUCCGGUAUCCGGCCUAUUCGGCCAUUUUUUUAAUAUCCGGCCGGAUACCGGAUAGUGACCUACUAUCCGGCCGGAUACCGCAUAGUAACAUUGCUUGAUUUCGGAGUAAACUAAUGAGAUUUAAGAAACAGUCUUGAUCAUAAUCGUACUUGUUUAUUAUUUUAAAACAAUUUAAACAUUCCACUGACUUGCACGCGCACUCAUUUCGAACCUAGAAAUGUGUCCGCGCGAAAGUUCAUUAGAAACAGGUUAAACCUGCGGAAUGCGCACCUGAAAAACCGAAAUGUAGUUAAGUAGCUAAGUUCCGCUGGCCGAAUAUUCGGCGGCCAGAUACCGGAUAUUCGGCCGAUGGUCAGGCCGAAUAUCCGGUAUCCGGACAAACAACUAUCCGUUGCAUCUACAAAAAAGAGUAGAAAUUAUAAAGUGGCAAUACUGUAGUGUCGUCCCGUUUUCUUAGAUUGAUUUGAAAGGGAUGACACUACAGUAUUGCCACCUUUUAAUUUCUACUCUUUUUUGUGAGUACUUCAGCUUACUUCAGGGCACUAUUUCUUAGAUUUUACAAAUUCUUUUGGUGUAAGUUAUUUCAUAUAUUUCUCUUUUUAUUAUAGUACCGGUUAGUAAAGCAUGCGGUAUGAGUUUGCCUUGGAGGCAAUGAUAAUUUGGAAUAAAUCUCUUUACAGUA